UUUGUCGUCUGUGGUGUCAAACUGUCAACUCCGCGUAUUUUGUGGAUAUUUUGUAACAAAUUCGUGAUGUUUUUGUUAAAUUUCUGCUUGUUUGUUAAAGGAAAAGAGUUUCAUGCGAAGUGAGUAAAAUAUAGAAUGGUGUCGUAAACAUAUGUGUUCUGUACGCUAAUUCAGAAAUACGAAAUUAAUGGAGCUAAAGGUCUGGGUCGAGGGAAUACAAAGGAUUGUUUGUGGGGUGACGGAGACCACGACUUGUCAGGAUGUAGUAUUUGCAUUGGCUCAUGCAACUGGCAAGGUGGGAAGAUUCACUCUGAUAGAGAGGUGGAGGAAUAAUGAAAGACUUUUAGCUCCUCAGGAAUAUCCAUUGAAGAUUCUGAUGAAAUGGGGUGAAUACUCAAAUGAUAUUCAAUUUAUAUUAAGAAGAUCAGACAAUGGAAGCAGCAAUAACCAAAAACUUGUACAACCCACAAAUAACUCUAGAUCACCUGUCGGAAAUGGGAGCCAUAACACAUCCAGUCCGAACAUAUCAGACAAACAAAGUUCACCGAACAGGAUUAACACAACACCCACACAUAACAAUGUAAAUAACACAUCCCCUGGCAAUCCUGUUGGCGUGGUCAAGGGGGUGCAACAAGCCAAAUCCCCUGAAUCUAAUAGCCCUGUGCUUAAAGACGUCCCACCUUAUAGAGAUCCACCACCUCCGUAUAGGUCGCCCCCACCGCCUUCAGCUUUAAGAAAGUCCCCUAAUCGCACUACUCGUAGGCCUCCGCACAUGUCUCCCGUGGAGCACCCAGAGGAGGAGCGAGGCCCUGAAGCGGUCAGUUACAACAGCCAGUACAGGGAGUUGGUGUCACUAGUCAACUACCAGCGGGAGAAGUUGUCGAGCCAACAAGUUGAUCUUAUUAAGUAUGAUGCAGAAAUUGGUUUCUGGGAAAACAAAGGUCGCGAACAAGAGAGACAAGUGGAGUUAUUGCAGCAGCAGAUCAGCUCUACCGACAACCAACUUCGCAUCAGUACUGAACAGGUGCAAUCUCUCAACUACGUGGAAGAAGAAAGUGAAAUAGCUAAACAGAAUGAGAAGACCCUCAAGUCUGAGAUAGUGUUGGUUCGCUCCAAGCUGGCCAACUGCGAGACUGAGCUGCUGCAGUGCAAGAACAAGAUACGGAAGCUCAUGGAGGACAUUCACAACGAACAGCGCAUUGUUAGCAGCCGCCAGCAGGAGAACAGACAAGCACUGGAAAGGUCGAUGUUGGCGGAGGUGGAGAACCUGCAGACUCAGAUACAGCAAGCGAAGCACGCCACAGAGAUCAACCACCUCACCGCCGAGAAUCUUAAAAGAGAGGUGGGUGUGCUAGAGAAUGCCAUAAUGGAGAAGAAGCGCCAGGUGGAGCGGCUGGUGCAGGAGAUGAAGGAAGCCAACCUGCAGAGUCUGACGGGCAGUGUCGACGAGCUGCGACACCCACUUGAUGGUUUAUGCAAAGCAGGGAGUGCACGUAGAAUAAUAGGUUCGCCAAGGCAACUAGAAAACGCGGCGCCCACCAACAAGAACCCACAUGGCGUGUGGGUUUGAAUGUUUGUUUGUGUUAUUGAUCCAUCAACUGCCAUAUAUUGAUGGGUGUUAUACCGCCCGCCCGUGCACUGGCGUUUCUCAUAUGUAGAAUUUUUUUAAUUAAAAAAAAAGAAGCUAAUUAGGGUGACCAAAUUAUAUUUUUUUUUCGGAUUUUUCUUUUUCUAUCUUUAUAAAUUCGAAAACAUAAAUAUAACUUGAUCACGCUAGGGAAAUUUUCAAAACUAUUCGAAUUCGUUUUGGAUAAUUAGGUGGUGUAUCUACCAUUUGCUUUUUAUCCAUUAAUUACGAGACACCCUGUGUAACAUAGGAGCCCGAGAGCACGGGUUAAGCAACGCCAUUGUGAAGGUGCAAAAAUGUAUAUUAAUGGAUUUUUUAUUGAUUAAAUGUAUUUAUAGUGUUUGAGUGUGAAAUAUUAACAACAAAAAAUAUUUACUUGAAUAAUUAUAUUUUUUUGGAGAGCAUAAUAUUAUUUUUAUAGCGCCUUAUUAUGUUGAUGAUUUAUCCCCUUUAAAUCCCUUCAAUAUAAUUUGAGUUUAAAAUACAAAAAGGUAAUUCUAUGUAAAGGAAUUUUCAUUAUAUAAUUGAAAAAAAAAUCAUAGAAAAUCGUGAUCUUUGAAAUUCAAAUAAACAGUUCAAGAAUAUCAGUAAUCGGUAUAUAUAUACUCAGAUGCACAAUUAUCCGCCCACUUUAAUAUACUUGCGUCAUAUUAAAGUGGGCGGAUAAUCGUGCCUUAAAUUCCAGCGGAAUACAUUAUAAAAAAAUCAAAACAUGAUAAUGUAUUGUACUGCCAUAGAUUUGUGUGAAUGCUUAUUUAGAGUGUGUUAUUUAAUUUUAUAAUCUGUCUUAUUCAUAAAAGUUAGUAAGAAAUAUGAUAGCAAAUUAUUCCGCCUUUCAAAUAUAGGCCUACUAAGCUUAUCGUGACCACGACAUAUUUCAAGACGUAUUAAAAUAUAUAUAAAUAAAUUCAAAUAUUUUUAAAAUGUGUCAUAAUUAUAUUUAUUUAUUGACUCAAAUCGUCAACUGAAAAUGCUAAUUUUAAUAUUUUAGUUUUUAGAUUUUAAUUUUUACAGUAAAACUGAACAUAAAUUAAUUACAUGUCAUAGACUAAAGCUAACAAAAACAAUUCUUUUGAAUUUUAAUUUAUAAAAGAAUGUUUUUAUAUCUAUUACAGAAAAAUAUGCACACGCAGAUUUAGGUAUACACUAAUUUAUUUAUAUAUAACUUUUAUAAAAUAUAAAACAGUAUUGAUUUAUAUAAAAAAUUAGCCUUUCCGUUGGGUGCUUCUACUUGCCCAAGAAAACAAACUUUUAUUAAUAAGACAGAAUAUAAUAAUAUUGUAUUAUUAAGUUAUUAUGUAGUAUUUAAUUUAUUUAGAAUUUGUGUUCAAAUUAGUGUCAUAUUUAAUCGAUUGUCACAAUUUAUUUUAUAUUUUGUGUUUUUUUUUUAAAAAUUGUAUUAUCGUAUCUUGCCGUGGUAUAUUAGAAUAACUAUUAAAAAAAUAUGUGAGAAAUUAUGAAGUGAGCACCAAAAUACAUAAAUAAAUUGUAUAUUUAUGUAGCAAUAUCAAGUUUACAAAAUAAUCACAAUAUUUUUAUAAUAGAGGGAGAAAAUUAGGUAUUUUAAUCUUUAAAUUUAGAAAUCGUUAUGAGACUUUAAAACCCUAAAAGAAAACAAAAUGUAAACGUUCGAUAGCUUAGCGCAUUUUGAAGAUCAUGUACUUAUUAAUAGGCCAUUGUAUAUAAACGUUGAAGCAUUUAAAUAUGUAUUUACAAUUUGAAAUAGAUUAUUUUGGAUUUUGGGAUAACUAGAGGUUUCCUAUUAUUUUUAAUUGCCAAUGUUGGCACAUAUUUUUCGUUGGAUGAAGGGGUAAAAAAUAAAAAUAUUUUAUAAUCGAACAAAUGUAUUGUACCUAAUCACAAAAUUAUUAAUGUGCCAUGAGUACGAAGUUUAUGAAAAGUUACACCCGUAUUACAAAUAUCACUUUUUCCUCUAAAGGUAUUAUUUUUUCUACCUACUAAUGAUAUAGUCGACUUCACAGAAAAUGCACUCUAAAGUCCGGCCGCUCAGAGAUUUCUGAUACCUGUCAAUGACAAUGUCAAUGAGAGAGAUAAUGUCAAUGUGAUAAUUGAAUAUCUUUUAUUAAUGAAAGCCAUAAAGAAGAAUUGAAUUGAAUUGAACCUUUAUAAUUAACGAGUAAUAACACUAAAGAUUGAAUAAUUAUGCCAACUUACAAUAAACAAAUAAUUAAUUACUCAUUAUAAAAAGGCGACAUUGACAGGUGUCAGAAACGCAAUUUCUGAGCGACCGGUUUUUAGGAAUAUAAUUUCCACAUGCAAUAUGUUGCCCUAUCCAGUAUAAUAUGUCCUCUUCCAAGCCAACAAUAAAUUAUAUAUUUUAUAACACACAGUAAACCUGGUAAUUUAAUAUAAAAAAUAAAAAUAAAUGUUUUUUUUUAAAUAAAUAUUUAUUUAAUAAUUUACUGUCCAUGUUUUUUUUUAAAAUAAGGUUUAUUUUUUGGCUGUAAGACUAAUAUGUACCUAUAUUGGAGUAAUAUUUGAAAUACGGGUUUAGGUAUACCAUAACAUUUAUAUUAUUAAUAGUUUUCGAAUUUUAAAUUGUACCAGUCUUACUUGAAAUUUGCAAUAUAGAAAUAAUGUGUUGAUAUUAAUAAUAAUCUAGUCGGAAAUAUAGCCAUUGCAAUAUUUUAUAGACAAUUUUCAUAUAGAAGCACAGAAUAAAGAAUGAUACAGAAUGAGUCUAUACAACCAGCGCGGUGAGAUCGGUGAAACCCAACCCAAAAAACAAACAUUUUUCAUAAUUUGUAUUUCAAGAUUUAACUCUAACAACGAUAAUUACGUAAAUUGAUAUCAUAUUACACUAAUAGUAAUAAUCAAUAAUUGAUUAAUAAUUAUCUAUAAAAAAUACUCCAUCUUAUUUUUUUUUAGUUUUUGUGAACAGUUUUUAAAAUAUUUAAAAACAUAACACGCCAUUUUGCUUGAAUAAUAUUAAAAAUUACUGAUGCGACGGUUCGUGUUGUAGUGACUCGUUGUGUGGAAUGGCUGCAUCCGUGUUCCGUACGCUCUAUCUGCCUAAUAUUCUUUAAUCUGUGUGUAGAAGUAUGUACGGCCUAACAAUUUCACACUGAAUGUAUUCAAGCAUAAUACAAGUUUGUAAGUCCUAAGUAUUUGUAGAUAGUUAUUAUUUCACUGUGUACUCUGCAUGGUUACUAAUAGACAAUUUGUGUAUACAAAAUAUAUUGAAUUUAGAACAAA